GGCAGAGCUCAGGAUGACCUUCACCAUGGCCUGGUCCUGUCUCCUCUUCACAUUCCUUGUUCAGUGCACAGGGUCCUGGGCCCAGUCUGUGCUGACACAGCAGCCCUCACUAUCUGGGACUCCAGGACAGAGAGUCACCAUCUCCUGCACUGGAAGCAGCACCAAUAUUGGUACCUAUAGUGUAAACUGGUACCAGCAGUUCCCAGAAACAGCCCCUAAACUCCUCAUCUAUGGUAAUAGUAAUCGACCCUCAGGGGUCUCUGAUCGCUUUUCUGGUUCCAAGACUGGCAACUCCGCUUCACUGACCAUCACUGGGCUUCAACCUGAGGAUGAGGGUAUCUAUUACUGUCAGUCUCCUGACAGUAGCUUUGGUUAUUACACAGUGCUCCAGACUCAUGGGGAAGUAGCAUCUCAAGCCUUAUGCUGUUGCUAUCUGUGUCUGCAAUCUCCAUCUUCAGCUCUACUGAGGAUGCUUGGGACAGUCUUCAGGAUUCAAUUAGUAGGUGCCACUAUAUCUAAAGCUAGCGAGGAAGCUCCUCACAAACCUGCUUCAGAGUAUGAAAAUGAGCUCUAUGUAUUGGAUUCUCAGACAAUUGUGAUCCAGGAACCCUCACUCUCUGUGUCUCCAGGUGGGACAGGACACUCACCCGUGGCCUUAACUCCAAGUCAGUCUCCACAAGUCACUACCCAAGCUGGUACUAGCAGACAUCAGGAAAUGCUUCCCAAUGAAUUAUCCAUAGUACAAACUCCUGUCCUUCUGUGA